AAACACAAAUUCUUUACUUGCUAUUCCAACUGAUUUUCUCUCUCUCCAAUCAAGUUAACAAAAAAGUCAAGCCCCCCAACCCAUGAGGAAAAAAUGGAGAAUUCGUUAAUUCCGCCUAGAAAAUUAAGAAAACCAAAUAGAAAAUCUCACUUUGUUCAUCCCAAACACGAAAACAUAGUCAAAUCGAAAGACUCCAUUGAGUGAGAAGGAAACAAAAAACAAAGGUAAGAAAUUCUCCAAUCUAAAUGGAGCUUCUCAACCCAGCUCACCGAGACCCAAUUCCAGGGCCGAGUUUCAGGCCACGAGUUGACCGUCCGGCGAAUACCCAGUUCCCGGAAUCAGCUGAGGAAACCGGAGGCUUUAACGCCGGUGAAAAAGACAAAGUGUUUAUAGCGGUGGGAAAAUCGGUUGAGAAAGCGGUUAAUUUAUUACAAUGGACGUUGAAGCGAUUUGGCGGUAAACAUAUUUGUUUGCUUCAUGUUCAUCAGCCUUCUCCAUUGAUCCCCACUUUAUUGGGGAAACUUCCAGCAAGUCAAGCCAAUAGUCGAGUCCUUUCUGCAUAUAGAAAGGACGAGAAGGAACAAUUGAAGAAACUUUUGGAAAAUUACUCGAAUUUUCCCCGAAAAUUUAAGGUUCAUAUAAGCAUUAUCACCAUUGAGGCUAACCAAGUUCAUAAAGGAAUUGUUGAACUAGUCAAGAGACACGGGAUUAGGAACCUUGUUAUGGGAGCCAUACCUGAAAAUUGCAUGAGGAUGAAAAAGAGCUCCAGCAAAUCGAGUUAUGCUGCGAAGUAUGUUCCCUGCUUUUGCGAUAUAUGGUUUGUCGAUAAAGGGAAACUUGUUUGGAUGAGGGAAGCCUGUGAAAAACCGUGUUUGUCUACACCAGUCAGUCAAGCGGCUGUUACUGCAAAAUCAUCGAGGUCCAACUCACUGCCCCAUCGUAACAUUGAUUCAUUAGUCCACCCCGACGAUCUUCGUUCUAACUCUUGUUUGAGCAUAACGUUUGCUGCAAGUAGUACCCGAUUGACCGAGAGUAUAGUGGCACAAACGGAUGUGUCUCUUUCACCGAGGUUAUCUAGCUUCAGCAAUUUGUCUAUCCCGAGUUUUACUAAUGGCUCUGAACGUGCUUCUUCUGAAAUGAGAUUGUCUUUAGAUUCUUAUUCAAAGGAUGAGGAUGAAAAUCUGUACCGUCAGCUUGGAGAAGCGUGUAUGGAAGCUAAGGCAUCAAAGAACGAAGCAUUAGCGGAGUCGUUAAAACGCCAAAAACUGGAGUCGGAAGCUAUGGAAGCUAUCAACAAGAUCAAAGAUCUCGAAUCUGCCCGUGUUCAUGAAGUCAAGCUUAGAGAGAAAGCCGAGGAAUCCCUUAGAGCUACCGUGCAAGAACGAGAAAAGCUCAUAAAAGAGAAAGAAGAAGCAAUGGAAGAGCUACAGAGGACCACAAGAAACAUCACCCUACUAAACGAUUGUGUACAAGAAGCGAAUUGUAAACAUGAUGAAGUUGCUGGCAAAUUGAAACUAAUCCAAGUAUCUAUCGUGACUUUGCGAGAGGAAAAGCAGAGAAUCAGACGACAAAAACUAGAAGCCGUUCGUUGGUUAGAACGUUGGAGAAGUCGCGGGCAAGCUGGAGCCACUACUUGUAACGGUUUCAUCGGGAUCGUCGAAGAUUUGCCCGAGUUAGCUGAAUUUUCAUUGGCGGAUGUCCAAACCGCAACAUGCAAUUUCUCCGAGAGCUUCAAAAUCGGAAAGGGAGGACACGGUUGUGUUUACAAGGGGGAAAUGCUGGGUCGAACUGUGGCUAUAAAGAAGCUGUAUCCGCACAACAUGCAAGGGCAAUCUGAGUUUCAACAGGAGGCUCAAGUUCUCAGCAAGUUACAACAUCCUCAUUUGGUGACUUUGCUCGGUGUAUGCCCCGAAGCCUGGUCCCUGGUUUAUGAGUAUGUGCCCAAUGGAAGUCUCCAAGACCGGCUUUUCCGGAAAACAAGUGUUUCUCCCUUGACUUGGAAGAUUCGAGCACGGAUAGUAGCCGAAAUCUCUAGUGCUCUUUGCUUUUUGCACUCUGCCAAACCGGAAAAGAUAGUCCAUGGUGAUUUGAAACCCGAAAACAUUCUUCUUGAUUCAGAACUAAGUUGCAAGAUUUGCGAUUUCGGUAUCUCAAGGUUGGUCACAGAGGAUAAUCUAUAUUGCCCGAGUUUCCAUUGUAGUACAGAGCCAAAGGGUGCUUUCCCAUAUUCUGAUCCAGAAUUUCGGAGGAUCGGUGUCCCGACUCCCAAGUCCGACAUUUAUGCCUUUGGGUUGGUCAUUCUACAGAUGCUCACUAGAAGGCCACCAGUUGGGUUAGCCGGUGAGGUUCGAAAAGCCAUAUCAAGCGGUAAAUUAGCUUCGAUUCUUGAUAAAUCAGCCGGAGAAUGGCCUAUGUUCGUGGCAAGACGUUUGGUCGAUCUGGGGCUACAAUGCUGCGAAUCAUACAGUAGGGAUCGGCCUGAUCUAAAACCAUCUCUGGUGAGGGAACUAGGGCAGUUGCAUGUCACUGAGGAACGGCCAGUGCCGUCUUUCUUUUUAUGCCCAAUUCUUCAGGAAAUAAUGCACGACCCUCAAGUGGCAGCCGAUGGAUUCACAUACGAAGGAGAAGCCUUGCGUGGCUGGUUGCAAAACGGCCGUGAAACUUCACCAAUGACUAAUUUGAAGUUGAGUCAUUUGCAUCUUACUCCGAACCACGCCAUACGUCAAGCCAUUCAAAACUGGCUUUGCAAAGCUUGAAUUCUCUCUAUUCGAUAACGUAGGUAAUUGCAAGACAUCGAGAUAGUAAUAAAAUGAUUCAUAAGUGAAAUACUUGCGUGUUAUUCACGCAUCGGUAUGAUAUCGGGAUUUGUCUUUUCCGAUUUCUCUAUCAAUUUCUUAACGGUCAAGUUAGGUCUAAUGUAUCAUAGUUAUGGACCCUAAGUAACCCAACCAAAAACAUAGGGCAUUGAUCAAAUUAGAACUUGGAGCGUUUUAUGCCAUGUUACAUUUUUCGUA